AUGGCUUCUCUGUCUCUUCUCCUUGUUGGGUUGCUUUUGUUUGCUGGUGAAAUGAUGGGAAUGAGAAGCAAUGUAAAUGGGGAAGAAAUGGUGAUGGAAAAGGAGGAGUUGUUGGGGUUGUUUGACGUGAUGGAUGCUCUUGUGGAUGACCCAGAGUGGGCUCAAGCACACCCUCAACCAUGUACAGAUACUCCAUGGCCUGGUGUUGAGUGUGAAGUUAGCACUGACCCACCUAUUCUUUUUCAUGUCACAAAGAUCCACAUUGGUCCUGAUAUACUCUCCCCGCCUUGCAAACCUUCUGCUUAUUUAUCUGAAUCCUUGCUGAAGCUAAGUUAUUUGAAGACCCUUUCAAUUUUUAACUGUUUUGUUGCCUCACCAGUGACCCUUCCCACAACACUCUUUGGUCCUUUCUCUGCCUUGGAACACCUGGCUUUGCAGUCUAACCCAACUCUCUCUGGAGAAAUACCUCCCGGUUUGGGUGGAGUUACAAGUCUUAGAGUGUUGAGUCUGUCCCAGAACAGCUUCCAAGGAAACAUACCUUCACAUAUCGGUGGUUUGGCUUGUCUAGAGCAACUUGACCUGAGUUAUAAUAACUUUAGUGGUGAAAUUCCCAAGGAAAUUGGAGGUUUGAAAAGUUUGACCAUUUUGGACCUCAGUUGGAAUGAAAUUGAAGGGAACCUGCCUUGUUCUCUUGGACAACUUCAACUUCUCCAGAAGAUGGAUUUGAGCUCAAACAAAUUUACUGGAAAAAUACCUCCUGAUUUAGGAAAGCUUAAGAGGUUAGUCUUGCUUGAUCUGAGUCAUAAUUUUAUUAGCGGGCCUAUUCCUGAAACAUUGUCAAGUUUGGAGCUUUUAGAAUAUUUACUCAUUGAUGACAACCCCAUCAAAGCAGAGAUACCCUCCUUUGUAGGGAACCUAUGCAAGCUAAAAUCAUUGAGCUUCUCAGGGUGUGGAUUGGUUGGCUCCAUACCUAACUCAUUCUCAUCCUUGAAGAACCUCACAGCUCUCUCCCUAGAUAACAAUAGCCUCAGCGGAUCAGUUCCUCCAAAUCUAGGCCUACUCCCAAACUUAGAUCAACUGAAUAUCAGCCACAAUAGGCUGAAUGGAGUUCUUCAGCUUCCUGAUGACUUCAUUGGAAAGCUUGGUAAAAGGUUGGAUGUAAGAGGAAACAGUGAACUUUGCAUCAGUGAUCAGCCAACCAAGAAGAACCUGUCUUCAUACUUGGAUAUCCCCUCUUGUCUGAGCAUGAGACCCAGAAAUAGAAAACCUUUUGCUGAAGGACCACCAGAAGAUCCAGCAGGAAUUAAGCCAUCUUUGUACGAAAGCAACAUAAAUUCAAGUUCAUCAUGGCUGGAUUUACUAGCCAUCCUUGUUACCUUGCAGCCUUUAGAAAGAGUAGCAGGAAUACAGGAAACAGGACUGUCGGCCUCUGAUACAAAUGAGCAUGCUGCAAGGCAGCACUUAAUGCAUGUUUUCCAGUACCAUGAGAGGAAUGGUGUUGUCAUUGUCAUCCUUGUAAGCAUGCAAAUUUUGUCUGAACCUAGUGACUAUUACUGGUUGUGUAGGCCUUUGGAUUUAUGA